AAACAUGGCUCUUUUAAAUAUUAUUUUCCCAGGCAUAAUUGUUAUUCAUAACUUUAUUUACUGCCUGGCGAAUCCUAUGAUUUUUACACCUAGAGACUCGCUAACAAUAGAAAAAAGUAGUCCAGUAGAAAUCGUGACACCUAGUUCAGAGUCAAGUAUGCUUUUAAGAGAAGAAGAUAUACUUCCAACAGAGAUUAUAAAUUUACCUACAGAAAGUAGCAGCUUUUCAUCAGAAAUGAUGAAUUCACCGACAGAAAGUUCUCAUAUUUCUCAAGAAGUAUCUCAUUUGCCAACAGAAGCAUCUCACUUUGCCACUGAAAUACCUGACCUUCCAAAAGAGGAGAAUAAAACAAUUCCAAAACCGAUCAAAAACGAACAUUCAAAUCGAAUACCAAGAUUUCUGGGCCGGUUGGCUUUGUUGGCAGGACUGGGAUUAGCUGGAUUAGCAAAUGCAGCAUCAGCUAUUAAUUUAGGCUCUAGAGAUCCAGAAGCUCCAUUGACUCUUAGCUCACCCCCAGAAAAAUUGAGCCCUUAUUUUGCGGCUGUUUACGAACCAUUUUCCUAUUCUCAGCCACAAUUUUACUCUAAUAUACUUGGAUUGUUUCCAUUCCUUAAUCCUCCCAAAUAUCAGCCCGAAGAUCCUGUUUCUGUAGUAGCUGAUAAUUCAAAUAAUCCUUAUCAGGAGACAAUUUCCACUGCCUCUGAUGAAACUGGUGAAGAGGUAGUUAAUGAAGAAGAAUUUCCUGAAGAAUAUAUUGCAGAGAAUAGAAAUGACGAUAAUAUUACUAUGGAAGGCAGAAUAAGGGAUGAUGAUGUCAUUGAAGAACAGGCAACAUUCAUCAACGAAAAUACAACGCCCGUUCCCCCCGAAGAAGAAUCUGAAGAAAGUCAUAGCGAUGAAGAAGAAGGAAUUGAUUUAACUGCGGAAAGUACAGAAGAAAGUGAAGACACAACGGAUUUGGAUGAUUUUAAAUAUGAAUUACUUUCUUCUGAAGGAGAAGAAGCAACAGUCAAACCAAUAAAACCUGUGAGACCAGCUAAACAAAAUGCAGAAGCAACCACCAACAAACCAAGUACCGAAAAACCAACCAAACGGAAACCAACUUCCAAAAAACCAACUACGAGGAAGACUACUGCAAAAGUCAAGCCAACUAGUCCUACAGACAUGCAGAAUACAACUACAGAAAAUAAUUCUACAGAUUCAGAAAGUAAUACCGGAUACCCAUAUUUUCCCGGAUAUUAUGGAGGAAAUCCUCAAAAUGUUCACGAUAUAUUCCUUACAUCGACUGGGACGCCUUUUACGCACGAGAGCUACAAUGAAAUUCCCCAUUAUACUGAUGAUUGGUCAAACAGAGUUGCAACUGAUCAAAUUCCUUUUGAGGGAUUUUCGAAUCCCUAUUAUGAGUUUCGAUCUCCUAUAGUCAAUGAACCAAAUUUUGAUGGUAGAAAUUACUUUAUAAGAUUUCCGACUAUGGAAGUUACAUCGCCCCCCGAAUUUAUUAAUAGUGGAUUUAGGCCUAGUUUUCAGUACAGCAGAAGGACCUAACUUCGAAAAUAUUUUCAUAUAUUUUUUUUAAUGAACGUACAAGUAAAACGAAAAAAAACUUGAUAACAUUAUUUAUAUACGCAAUUG